AAGAUCCCCGAGGCCUUGGGAUAUGCCAAGCAGGAUGGACCGCCUGGGUCUGACUUACUCCCUCACUUUGCUUGUGGUGUUUCUGCCGGCGGGGCCGGGCUCAGCUCAUCCAGUGACGGGGGGUCCCUCUGGCCAAGACGUGCGGGCCCUGCAGCACCUCCUUGACCGGCUACGGGAAAAACUCCAGCAGGGGGAACUAGAACUUGCUGACUACGAAGCCGGCGGUGCAAAUGACGACGACUCUUAUCCUGACCUUGGGGACUCUGAGAUGACCCCUUCCCAAGAGCCCAAACUUCAGGACCCCCUCUUUCAAGGAGAGAUGGAGGCGCAGUGGAGGAAAUUCCUGGUGGCGUCGAGGAGGUACUUCUCCGGGUGCUUCGGGAUCAGACUCGAUCGGAUCGGGACCCAGACGGGACUCGGCUGCAAGACUUACAAACCCCGUUCCUGGAGGAGACCAAGAAGCUGAGAUGCAAAACCUCCUCGACACACCUUCCCCCAAAAGCCAGCAGCCGACAAAGUCCUCGACAUGAACUGUUCCACCCUUGGAAAAUCGUUCUCUCCUCUCCAUCGCCUGCAAAAAGAUCAACUCUGCUUCUCACGCUGUCUAAACCUCACAGUCUCAAUAUUGUACAGGAUCUUUUAACAUUCAAACGUCGUUGUCCUACAACCAGGGAGACCCUCCCUUCUUUGUCAUGGGGACCAAAUCUGA